AUGAAUUUAUUGCAUUUCCUGUCGAUGUUUAUAGAUCGAUUGGAUAUGAUCGCACACCAAAUGAUUUUUGUCGACCUGCGCGAUUGGAUUACCUACACGGUGUUCGCCACUAUUCUCUAUUUUAUAAGUAAACAACUGAUACACUACUGUCUAAGUCAUAUAUUUUUGAAUCAACAACCAACUUCAUUGGACAUUGAAUUCAACAACAACAACAACAAUAAUAAUAAUAAUAUAAUUGAUAUAAAUAAUAAUAAAAACAAUAGUAGUAGUAGUAGUAGUAGUAAUAGUAAUGGAUAUGGUUCUUCAGAGUCGACUCAAUUAAUACCAAAUCCAAUUUUGACAGAAGAUGAAAUUAAAGAUCUAGAAAGAUUGGCAUCUUCUGACAAAUUUCCAUCAGUAACGCCACCACGCUCUCCAAAUCCUCCAUCUUUGACAAAUUCUCAAACAAACAUGUCGAACAAAACCAAUAACAGUGAAAUCUCAUCAAUUGUCAACGAUCCAAUGGUUUUACUUUGCAAUAUAUCUUUUGGAGGUGGGGUUAUCAUCGAUCAAAAUCUUCACAUUGUUUUUGUACUGGAGGGAACCAAAGAUAUCUUUCCCGACUACCAACAACUCAACCAACAACACCCAAGCUUUCUUGAGCUCAUUGAAGAGGACUACAGAGAGCAAUUUGUACAUUUUUUUCAGAUAUCAAACAUACAACAACAAACCAGAAUGAUUAACAAUAAUAAUAACAAUCAAUCGAGUCAACAACAACUCUCACCGCAACUCAAUCGAGUCGAUUCACUACAUAACCUCAACCAACUUCAUAAUGAACCAAUCAUUCUACGUCUACAAAGUACUGGUUCGACAUUCAUCACCGUUGAACUUAAACUCACUGCUAUCUAUUACGACGAUGUUGUCUCUCAGCUGCAGAGUGCAGUGGUCGACGAUGAAUCGAAAAUCGACAUUCUCUCGCACAUCUCUCAUGAACUACGUACACCAAUCUCGAGUAUCGUUGCUUCGGUUCAAUUGUUUCGUGCCACCGAAGUCACUUCACUCCAACGUGAAUAUCUCUCGCUGAUAGACUCAUCGACUACCUCACUACUCGAGUUGAUCAGCAACGUUCUCGACCACGACAAGAUGGGUGCCGGCAAACUUUUAUUGAACACCGUCGACUUUAACCUAUCCACACUCAUCGAAGAUGUCUGUGCCAUGGUCAGUACACAAGCACUUCGCAAGGGCAUAGAAGUAGCAUCCUAUAUUUUCACACAUUGUCCAUUGAGUAUUUAUGGAGAUCCUGUAAGACUUAGACAAAUUCUACUGAAUUUAUUAAGUAAUGGUAUCAAGUUUACAGAAAAAGGUCAAGUUUUGGUGAGAGUUGAACCUUUGGAGGUAUGUGAUACAAGUUUAACUUUAAAGUUUGAAGUUAGAGAUACUGGUAUGGGUAUUUCAAAAGAGAAUCUUCCGAAACUAUUCAAGAAAUACUCACAAUUCAAUUCAAAGAUGUCAUCCGGUCAUGGACUAGGUUUGGCUAUUUCAAAAGACUUGGUACAGUUAAUGGGAGGAAAGAUUUGGUGUGAUAGUAAACCAGGAAAUGGAUGUUCGUUUUUCUUUACUUUGAAAUUCGAUACUCCUCAGAAACAACUACCAUGUCCAGUUCCAAACUUUAACAAGUUGAAUGUUCUCAUUGUAGAUCCAAAUGAAUCCAUUCGUAGUGUGGUCACCGACUAUCUCAGAGAGUGGAACUGCAAGACAGUGGAGACAUCCGAUGUAAGCAGAGCUAUCAAAGAGAUUAAAUCUCGUAAUGAUGAGCAUAUCGAGUUGGUUAUUGUUGACGUCGAUAGUACAACACUAAAAUCAUUUCUAAAACUUAAAAGGAUCAUGGAUAUCGAGUACUCUGGAAAGAUUGGCUUGAUCAUGAUGUCAAAAGAUCGAUCGAUGGUACAUGGUAUCGGUGUUGGAAACACUUCAAAGCUGACCAAGCCAAUACGUCAAUCACAUUUGGUCGCCUGUAUCCUUGCAUCGAUGCCAGAGUAUCAUUUGCAAUCACCCGAACUCACCUCCUCGAUGCCAUCCAACACUAAGAAGCUACCGAUCAAAGCAUUCGACUCCCAACCACUCUAUGAUUAUUCAAAACUAUCGAGCUCCUCUCAUUAUCAAAAAGAGUUUUCCGCCAAGAACCUUGCCACUUGUAUACCACCCUAUUUGAAGUCCGAUUCAGUGUCACCACUGUCAUCCGAUAGUCUGGGUAGUUCCUCCGAGUCGACCAGCUCACCAGACUUUGAAAGUCGUGCAGGUGGUAGUCACGACAGCCCCAACAACAACAGCCAGCUUGGAAUGCGCAGGGUCACUCGUAGACACUCUAUAGAUAUUGUUACAUUCGAUCACAUUCAAAACCGAAAUGCCUCACAAAUCCGCAGUAUUCAUGAGAACAGUGGGCAACCAGCAAUUGCUGAUAUCUCUCCUAUUGUAAGUCCAAAACAAUUCUCCAUCGAUCCAGCUUCGCAGCCGACAGCCAGUCCCCAAGAUCAUCAAUACUUUCAUUACCGACAGUCAUCUGCUCCCCAUAGGUUAGUACGCAGUCCCUCACAAUUUAGAAUCGAUCCAAUGAGCAACAUUCGUGGUAGUAACUUUAGUGAUGGAAGCACCAACGAUCAUGAUAGUAUGGAUUUUGGCAAUGGGAGUAGCAGCAGUAAUAUAUCACCUCCCCACAUGGAGAUCAAUGCAACACAAGUAAUUCCUCAAUGCAAAGAUUCUCACCAACAACAACAACAACAAACAAACCAACAGCAACAACAACAACAACACUCGUCAAAUCAAAAUACCAACGAACCAACCAUCCUAGUAGUUGACGAUUGUUUAAUCCAUCUGAAACUUGUAAAGCGUGUACUUGAAUCGUCGCUUGGAUUGUCAGUGAUAUGUGUUGGAUCGGGUGAAGAAGCACUUGAGCAAUUCGAAAAGCACCAAUUCGCAGCAAUACUUAUGGAUUGCGAGAUGUCCGGAAUGGAUGGAUACACCUGCACCAAAUUCAUACGCCAAAGAGAAACCGAGAAGACAGUUGCAUCGAUUAAAUCUGGGUUGACACCACACGUACCCAUCAUUGCGAUGACAGCACAUUCGCCCAACGAUACAACCAACCGUACCAAAUGUAUAUCUUCAGGUAUGGACGACUACAUCACCAAACCAUUUGAAAUCGAUCAUCUACUUUCGAUUGUCAAGAAAUGGUUUGAAUUUUACAAUGAACUAAACAGUCAGAUGAACGAGCGAAUUCAACGAACACAUUUUACACCUCGAAAUGAUUCCGAUACCGAAUCAACAUCAUCACCCUCCGAUGAAGACUCCACCGAAGAUACCAAAGGUAGUCUAGCCUCGGCAACCAAAUCACCGAAAUCAUAUAAUCAUAUACAAUACCUUUUACAACAUAAGAAAAAAUCAAACCAACUUUACCAAAACAACCAACAAGAACAACACAUAUAA